AUGUCACAAGAAGGAAAGUUCUUGCUAGAAUCCAUCCUGGGAAAGCUCUUGGGUUUCGAUGAAGGCGCUGGUGAUUUGUUGGAACACUUGUUGACGAUUCCUUCGGAAGAGGACUUGAAAGAGUACCUUUCUCAGCUACUGGGAAGUGAAACACCCGAAACCAAAGAAUUUGUAUUGAACGUUGGGCGGUACCAACGUGGAGAAGAAGUCUUAUAUAAAAUUGAGAAGAAAGAGGAACAGAAGGAAGAAGAGUCGGCAAAGGCCCAAUCCAGCCAAGUGGCGCAAACUAACAAUGCUGCUUCUACUGGCACAAACAACGCAAAUGCCAAACAGAACAAGAAGGAAGCCCUGCAAGCACGGAGGAAUAAUAAUAAUCCAAAGCAAGGCAAAAAGGGAAAAGUACCCCCAUCUGCCAAGAACGCAACCGCGGCACAAACAAGUAAUAGUCAGAGUGCCGCAGCGGCUGCUUCUUCGACAGCCACGAAACCAACACCCACGACUGCUCAAUCGGCGGGUACUAGCAGUACUCCCCCAGCCGCCUCAAUAACAACUCCAAUUACACCAAUUGUCCAAAAGUCCAAACCCCAACGGGGCAAAGCCGAAUUUGUUUGCGGCUGCAUGGGCACCAGAGACAAACCCUUGACGAAUUGUUUGUAUUGCGGCCGGAUUGCUUGCGAACGAGAAGGCUAUGGGUAUUGUGCGUACUGCGGCUACCUCAUUGAAAAGAUGACGGCUCCUCCUGCUGGCUCUGACAACAGCUGGGCCCAAAAGGAACGCCUGCUCAAGUUUGAUCGAGAAUUUGCGCGACGGACCAAAAUCUUUGACGACCAAGCCGAUUUCCAAGGCCCAGCUUCUUGGAUGUCCGAAGAGGAACGAGUCGCUGCCGGACAAAGGCAAGAAGAUCGUUUGGAGGAGAUGCGGCGGCCAAAGCAAGUGCUGAAUUUGAAUAUUUAG